UCGGUGCCUCAAAAGAAGAGAAAAAAAGAACAAAAAAAAAAAGAAAAAAAGAGAGCUUUCAAUUUUGUGAAGCUGAAGAAUCGUACACCUUCUUAUCGUCUUCUUCUUCCUUCCCCAUCGUUUCUAAUUCUCCCCUGAAGAUAUUUGCUUCUACUAAUUUUUGUUGGGUAAAUCUUUUUUACUUCUCAUCCUCUAUAACCUUAUUAAAGGUUCAUCAUACUCUUAACCAAGAUGCAGCUCAAGGUCCCUGAACAUCAAGUUGCAGGACACAUUGCUAAAGAUGGGAAACCCGGUCCCCUUGUAGAUGACAAGGGUCGUUUCUUCAAGCCCCUUCAAGGCGAUUCUCGUGGUGAGAACGAGGUUAAGUUCUACGAAUCUUUCUCAACAAACACAGAGGUUCCAGAUCACAUCCGCAGAUUUUUCCCUGUGUACCACGGUACUCAAGCAGUUGAAGGUUCUGAUGGUGCAACCAUGAUUGUUCUUGAAAAUCUUCUUGCCGAUUACUCAAAACCAUCAGUGAUGGAUGUUAAGAUGGGUUCAAGAACAUGGUACCCUGAAGCAUCUGAAGAAUACGUUCAAAAAUGUUUGAAGAAAGACACUGGUACCACAACUGUAUCAGCUGGUUUCAGGAUCUCUGGGUUUGAGGUGUAUGAUCACAAAGAAUCUAGUUUCUGGAAGCCCGAGAGAAAGCUUCUUCGUGGGCUCAAAGUCGAUGGAGCGAGAUUGACUCUAAGGAAGUUUGUAUCAUCGAACUCGCUUUCUGAUAUGGGUUCAAAACCUGACUCUGCUUUUGUUUCUAGUGUUUACGGUGGUUCGAACGGGGUGUUAACACAGUUGCUGGAGCUCAAGACUUGGUUUGAGAACCAAACGCUCUACCAUUUCAACUCUUGUUCGAUACUAAUGGUCUAUGAGAAUGAAUCAAUCUUAAAGGGGAAUGAUGGUGAUGCUCGACCACAAGUGAAGCUGGUGGAUUUUGCUCAUGUUAUGGAUGGUAAUGGUGUCAUUGACCAUAACUUCUUAGGUGGUCUAUGUUCUUUCAUAAACUUCAUUCGUGAUAUUCUUCAGAGCCCAGAUGAGUCUGCAGAAUCUUAGAUCAAGUUUUAUAUUUUUUUUGUCUUUUUAUUUUUCGAUUGGCCUGAUUCCAGUUUUAUGGAUAUAAUUAUAAACUCUUCAUUUGUGUAUCUAAAGAGAAUACAUUCGUACUCUUAUCUCA